AUGACGGAUUUCGCUCUUCCAGUGUCAAAGGCGAUACAGAUACUUCUUCUUCCUGAAGAACAUUAUGAAAACCCAGUCAUGAUGACUGAGAGCAUCACCAGUUCUCCCGGCUUUUCGCUUAUCAUGGACGUAAGAAAUGUGAAUAUCAGAGCCAACAAAGCCGCAAUUAUCAAAUUAUACACGGAAUCUUGGCCUAUAACUGUACUUGCAUUUGCACUCACUGGAAUUUCUGGAAUGUUCAUAUGGGUCCUGGAAUUUCCCCGUUCAUUUGUUAAGGGUUCUUACGAAGGCUUUUGGUGGGCAUUUGUUACAAUGACAACAGUUGGUUAUGGUGAUAAAACUCCCAAAUUUAUUUUGGGUCGCCUGUUUGGAGUGAUUUGGAUCAUGUUUGGUCUGAUCCUUGUUGCUGUCUUUACAGCUACUGCCACUAGUGCACUCAGCACAAACAUGCAUAGCUUCGUAAGAGUUGAGGGAAAUAAGAUUGGUGUGUUGAACAACACUUCGGCGGGCUUAGAGGCUAAAAAAAAAGGAGCGUUUGUCACGACUUUCUCGUCAGUUAAAAAGAUGUUCUCCAGUCUACGGAGUGAUGAAAUAGACGGUGUUCUCAUGGACAGAUUUAGAGCCGCAGUGAUUCUGCGCGCAAUGAGAGAAAGGACGAUAAGAGUGUUUACUAGCUACGAUGUAAAAGUCCCGUACUACCUUGCAAUACGCGACACUUUGAGAGACCUGGUUGCAGAGGGUUCAUGUUUCAAAAACAGGAUUGAAAGGCAGGAUUUCGAAAGCCUGUUUAUCAAAUAUCUUGAGCCAACAGUGAUGUUUAACACUGAUACAGACUCCUACAAUGUGUUUUCGGGUGACUCACCUAACACUCGUAGAUUUUUGUUGAUCGUCGUGUGUGUAUUCCUGGGUUCCGCUUUCACUGGCAUAACAGCUGAAGUUAUUUACAGGAAGUUGAGGAAAGGAAAUUUGAGAGUGAAAACUGGAGAAGACCCAGAAAACGGACAUGAUUUGAGGGAAGUUAGCGUGCACAGUGUGGCUAAACCUAACCUGACCAAUGUGGAGAACAAAUUAAGACAACUGGUCGAUGAGGUCAGCAAACUACGAGAACAGAUGUCAACUAUCUCAUCCAACACCGAUGGUUCUUUUCGAGAGGAACGGCGAGGCACAACUCACAUGUGACAAUAUCUCUACUCUGAGUUUGGGAUAAUGUCCAUAGCCACCAGUUACUGAUAUUUUAACCUAAAUCUCCAAGAUUAAAGGAGGCAUACAUAUAAUUUGGGCGGAUCCCACCCAUCGAUAGACUUGUUAGCCUCAGCAUAACGCACUUUGAUCAUGAGGACGAUCGCUGAAGAAUGAUUAUACAGUUUUUAGAGUGCAAACCUGUCAAGUCGUAACGAGGGGGACUUUGGGGUUUGCGGUGUUGCGAUGUUAAACAACUCGGGUUAAGUCCUGGUGUGCCGGUUAACGAAAAUAUAAGCUAUCAGGUAUCUUAAAUAAUAUCCAUAUCACGAUCAUCAUUAGAACGGACUACGCCUGUUUACGACAAUCGUUUCCUACUCAACCCAAUGUAAAGAUCAAAUUAGGAUACCUCAUGAGAGUGUAAUAUCUCCAAGAUAUGGGCAACA